UCUCAGUCAGCCUCCUCACUGAACGAUAGACUCAUCCCGAGACUUCUUACGGGAUACACGCUCACAAUAGCGCAGGGAACGGGACACACGAAUCGCCAACUCAAAAUUUACCUGGAGCUGGAUAUCGCUUUGUUUCCAAGAGUGGAUUAAAAAGGACAUUUUACACUAAAGUGCCGAGGGGGGGGGGGGGUUAUUUCCAAAAUGGAGGUGAAGACAUCACUUCUCGACAACAUGAUAGGGGUGGGUGACAUGGUCCUACUCGAUCCCCUGUCAGAAGACUCCUUCACCAAGAAUCUAAAGAACCGGUUUGAACACAAUGAGAUCUAUACGUACAUUGGAAGUGUGGUGAUCUCCAUGAACCCCUAUAAGUCCCUGCCCAUCUACACGGCAGAAAAAGUGGAGGAGUAUCGCAACAGGAACUUCUAUGAGCUCAGUCCGCACAUUUAUGCUCUAGCAGAUGAGGCGUACCGGUCACUAAGGGAUCAAGAUAAAGACCAGUGUAUUCUCAUCACAGGAGAGAGUGGGGCUGGAAAGACAGAGGCUAGCAAGUUUGUGAUGUCGUAUGUGGCGGCAGUGUGUGGGAAGGGCCAGGAGGUGAACAAAGUGAAGGAGCAGCUGCUUCAGUCCAAUCCCGUGCUGGAGGCUUUUGGGAAUGCUAAAACCGUUAGGAAUGACAACUCGUCUCGAUUCGGGAAGUACAUGGAUAUCGAGUUUGACUUCAAAGGAGACCCCCUGGGUGGAGUCAUCAGUAAUUAUCUCUUGGAGAAAUCCCGUGUGGUAAAGCAGCCCAGAGGAGAGAGGAAUUUCCACAUCUUUUACCAGCUGCUGUCUGGGGCAUCAGAAGACACACUCAAAAAAUUGAAGCUGAACCGAGACUUCAGUAAAUACAACUACCUAAGUCUAGAUUCAGCAACUGUCAAUGGACUGGACGAUGCUGCAAGUUUCAGGACAGUCAGAAAUGCCAUGCAGAUCGUGGGCUUCAUGGAGGAUGAAGUUCAGUCAGUCCUGGAACUUGUGGCUGCUGUCCUCAAGCUGGGAAACAUAGAGUUCAAACCAGAGUCUCGUGUCAACGGCUUCGAUGAGAGUCAAGUCAAGGACAAGAAUGACCUGAAGGAGAUGUGUGAGCUGCUGGGCAUUGAUCAGUCAGUGCUGGAGAGAGCGUUCAGCUUUCGUACGUUGGAGGCUAAGAUGGAGAAGGUUUCUACCUCACUCAAUGUGGCUCAGGCCUAUUAUGCCCGUGAUGCUCUUGCCAAAAACCUCUACAGCCGCCUGUUCAGUUGGCUGGUGAACCGAAUCAAUGAGAGCAUUAAGGCUCAAACCAAAGCGCGGAAGAAAGUCAUGGGAGUCCUGGAUAUUUACGGUUUUGAAAUCUUUGAGGACAACAGCUUUGAACAGUUUAUCAUCAACUACUGCAAUGAGAAGCUCCAGCAGAUCUUCAUCGAGCUUACUCUGCGCGAGGAGCAGGAGGAGUAUGUCCGUGAGGGUAUUGAAUGGACCAACAUUAACUAUUUCAACAACGCCAUCAUAUGUCAUCUCAUUGAAAAUAAUAAGACCGGUAUUUUGGCCAUGUUGGAUGAGGAGUGCUUGAGGCCCGGCACAGUGACAGACGAGACGUUCCUGGAUAAGCUAAGCACUGUGUAUGCUGAGCACCAGCACUUUGAGAGCAGACUGAGCAAAAACUCCAAGUUCCUCACAGACCACAGCCUGCCACACAACUGCUUCCGAAUACAGCACUACGCCGGCAAGGUGCUGUAUCGAGUGGAGGGAUUUGUGGAUAAAAACAAUGACCUUCUCUACAGAGAUUUAUCUCAAGCCAUGUACAAAGCCAAUCACAGCCUGAUAAAACUUCUCUUUCCUGAGGGAAACCCAGCUAAAGUGAACCUCAAACGCCCCCCCACCGCUGGAUUCCAGUUCAGAGCAUCAGUGGGAACUCUCAUGAAGAACCUGCUGACCAAAAACCCCAAUUACAUCAGGUGUAUCAAACCAAAUGACAAGAAGGCACCCCACAUUUUCACAGAGUCACUAGUGUGUCACCAGGCACGCUACUUGGGUCUGAUGGAGAAUGUACGCGUGAGAAGAGCUGGUUACGCUUUCCGUCAGCCAUACCAGCCCUGUCUGGAGCGCUACAAGAUGCUCUGCAAGCAGACCUGGCCACACUGGAAGGGUCCCGCCAGGGAGGGUGUGGAGGUUCUCCUGACAGACCUUAAAGUGCCUGUAGAGGAGUACGCCUAUGGACGAUCCAAGAUCUUCAUCAGGAACCCCAAAACGCUGUUCUUUUUGGAAGAGAAGAGGAGGCAGCGUCUAGAAGAUCUGGCAGCUCUCAUCCAGAAGAUCUAUCGGGGCUGGAAGUGCCGCACUCAGUUCAAGCUGUUGAAGAAGAGUCAGGUGGUGGUUGCCGCCUGGUACAGAAGAUAUGCGCAACAAAAGAAGUACCAGAAUAUCAGAUGCUCUGCCUUAGUGGUUCAGUCCUUCAUCAGAGGAUGGAAGGCCCGGAAGGUUCUGCGUGAGCUGAAAUUCAAGAAACGAUGCGAAAAGGCUGUCACUACUAUUUCGGCCCACUGGCAUGGAACUCAGGCCCGCCGGGAACUGCGGCGUCUUAAGGAGGAGGCACGGAAUAAACAUGCAGUGUCUGUCAUUUGGGCAGCCUGGCUCGGAUCGAAGGCUCGGAGAGAACUGCGGUGCUUAAAGCAUGAAGCUUGCAGUAAACAAGCUGUGUCUGUCAUAUGGGCCGGCUGGCAAGGAACCAAGGCACGUAGAGAGCUGAAACGCUUGAAGGAGGAAGCCAGGCGUAAGAAUGCCAUCGCUGUCAUUUGGGCCUACUGGUUGGGAUUAAAGGUCCGUCGGGAAUACAGGAAGUUCUUCAAAGCUAAUGCUGGCAAGAAGAUCUAUGACUUCACCAUCCAGAAAAUCAUGCAAAAGUACUUCCUGGGCAUAAAAAAAACAAUGCCUUCUAUGUCACCGAUUGAUAAGAGCUGGCCUGCUCGACCCUAUGGAUUCCUGGAUGGGACACAUCAAGAGCUCAGGAGGAUGUUCCAUCUGUGGAGGUGCAAGAAAUACCGCAGCCAGUUCACCGAGGAGAAGAAGGCUACCUAUGACGAGAAGCUGGCAGCAAGCAAGCUCUUCAAAGAUAAGAAGGCCUUGUAUCCUAACAGUGUUGGGCAGCCUUUCAAAGGAGACUAUGUGGAGAUGAACAAAAACCCAAAGUACCAGAAGCUAAACAAUGUAGUAGAUGACAAGGUUCUUCUUGCUGAUGUGGUCAGUAAAAUCAACCGUGCCAACGGUAAGGGCUCUCCAAGACUUUUCCUCCUGACCAAGAAAAACUUUGUUCUGGCUGAUCAGAAGACCGGUCAGGUGAAGGCCAGCGUUCCGCUUCCGGACCUCAGCAGUAUCUCUGUCAGCACACAAAACGAUGGAUUUUUCGCCCUCAAGCUCAAAGCGGGUGCCACGUCAGCAUCCAAAGGGGACUUUUUGCUGAGCAGUGACCGUCUUAUUGAGAUAAUCACCAAACUCCAUCGCACAGGUGCAGCUUCAGCUGACAGGAUUCAAAUCAAAAUCGACAUUUCAGAUGAAUUCCUCGUGCAGUUCAAGCAAGAUAAAGUGUGCGUAAAAUUCAUCCAGGGUGCUCCAAAGAACGGCAACAGUGUCUCCUGCAAGCGUAAAAACAACCGGCUUCUGGAGGUGUCCGUUCCAUCACCAUAAAGGACUAAAACCCUUUCGCCCACUUCAGGGAUAAGAACUCUGACAUUCUGCCCCCCGUAAACCCAUAAUGAUCACACAAUUCUGAUUUUCUUGUAAUUUCUGAUUCUAUAUAGUCAAAAUCAUUGCAUAAUUAUUCACAGUAUUUGGGUACCUAAAGUUUUACCUUUUACAGCUUUUAACGGUGGAGUGGAAGUCUAACUUUCUUUCUUCACAAAUCUUGGGACACAUGAGAAAUUCUCUUUAAUUGGACUUAAUGGAAACCAAAGUGAUGACAACGAGAUUUGUAAGGCCUUUGAACUGGUUUCUAGUUUGCCAUGUUUGUGUGGGCUGCUUAUUGUUUGAAACCAAGUACAUAGAGAUGCUGAAAGAGUUUGGUUGGGCUACAAAAUGUAAGAUUGCACUUUUUCACUGGGGUGUCUGGUGGUCAGGAAAGACAGGCUGGUCGGUUGGUUUAUUAGUGUUUAUUUUCCUGUUCUAUUUUCAUUGUUUGUAGCGAAGACAUUUAUUGAAAACUACUCAUUUUAAUUUUGCCAAAUGAAACGGGAAUUUGCGAUCCACAAUCGUGUGCCAUUUAGCUGUUCCUAUAUAAGACAUUAUCUUAUAUAUGUUAUAGUGCAGAAACUUUCUUAUUUAUAAGCCAAAUAAUGAUUUUUAUUUUCAGUUUAAUGAUGAAUGCCAAACAAUAUUGUUUCAAAUCAUUCUUUUUUCCCACAUGUAUUUAGUUCAUGAACACUUAUUCUUCACAUUCUGUAAAUCAGGGUAUCAUCAUGGAAACCACUUCCUCACAAUUUCAGUGUGGAAACUGAUAAAUCGCUCUUUUUACAUUAAUGGCAUGCAUGAUGGAAUCUCCAACGGUGGGAUGAAACACCCUAAAAAUUUGAGCGAUUUGGUGAUUUUCGCGUCUGUGUUGAUGCUGCACUGGUUGUCUAGACGGUUGGCAUACUAAAGCCCUGGCUGGUACGAUCUGCAUUAAGUCCACUUCAGUCAGUCCCUUUACUGUCAUGGGGUAAUGUAAGCAGCAUGUACAUGAACUGUAGAACUUGUGUGGACUCGUAUGGUAGCAGGCUAAUAAUAGCUGGUAUUUGUUGUCCUAUAGCUGUGUUGAGGCAAAAUGUAAAUGCGUUUUUGCCAUUGGAAUGUGGGCUGCAUCAUUUUAUUUUUGGCUUGCUCACAUCUGCUAUAAAUAAAUGCAGUGAUUUUCUUAAGGCCUGACCCAGAUCUUUGAGUGUGAGCAUUCAUGCAUUCUUUGGACGUGAAGGCACACACUACAUUCUGCUUACGUUUACCCACAUACCAGAAUCGUGGUUGAUGCUUUUUCAAUUGUGUUUAAUGCGAAGUUGUUUUAGUGGACAUUUUGUACUCCUGAACUUCUGAAGACAAGGCCCACCAACUUAACUUCUCUGCUUAAGUUCCAUGAUGUGUUUUUUGUAUAUUUACAGUAAAAACAUAAGUAGAUAUUAGGGGAGUGGUUUAUCUUCCUCUUCAGUAAAGGAAGCUGAAUUAAGCGCUGUGAUUCCGCAGAGUGUCACUUUGAUGCAGUAAGCCAUCCUCCUCUUCCAUGUCAGGAGUUGGAUUUGAAAGAGGAAAAUAAGUGUUGUAUGAAUUUUUUUGUGUGUGAUUAAAUGUAACCUGUUCUGAAAGACUGAAAACAUGGAAGUUUUUCAUUAACUACUAAGUGUAAUAAAUGACAAGUAAUCAUUUUUUAAAUAAAAGCAAUACAUAAAUGAUUUUGGCUAAUCAAUUGUGCUUUGUUGUUUUGAAAUGUACACAUUAUACACUCCGAUACUAGAUUGAGUGCAUUGAGCGAAGCUCGCCAAGAUAGGAAUGGAGUAAAUUGUUGAGGUAUCUGAAAAAGAAUCUUGGAUGUGUUGAAAAUAAUAAUUUGUAUUAUCUUUGAGAAAUAUGUAUUACAAAUAGGACUGAUUUGUUAAUGCCAUACAAUUUAGCUUAUGUUUAUAUGUAAAAUAUAUAUUUAGUGCAAAACAAUAAAUGCAUGAC